AUGGUGGAAGUCUCCCAGAGAUCGGAGAGUCGGACUUCCAGAGUCAGCGCUCCCGGGGAACGUAAGUGGAGGCAAUUUAAAAGUCAUAAAGUAAUCAAGGAUACUGUUUUGAGUGCCGGAAAUUGAUAAAUAAUUAAUAAUUUCCCGGAAUCUGCAUACGUUAUUCACUCUGCUUCCUUUUCUCCGACAAUUUCUUUCAAUAUUACAUUCGAGCCAUUUUUAUAUGCCUUACGAGGGAAUGGUCUGAACUUCCCCCAGCGUUUGGGAAAACGACUAGUACAGGUGGAUAGAGCAUGUCAACUUUGGUAAAAAGAGCCAUUUUCCAGCUGCGGAAUAAGCCCGGCCGACGAGAAAAAUCGACCGAAAGUUCCACAAAAAUUUCCUCUUUCUCUUCCCUCGGAAAAGAAGAGCGGUGUCCAGUGGUUCGGUUAGCCGAGUGGGUAAAGCAUCCGCUCGGUAUUCUUUUGGGGUUGGUUCGAUUCCGGGGUCUCGCGAAGGACCAUGAUAAGGCUUUGAUGAGCAAGAUCAAACUCUAACAACCCAAAAAAAUAUUUUGCCAUUUUUAUACGUUUUAUAGGGGAAUUAUACCAAACAUAUAAUCGUCAAAAAAUGAAUUUUUUGGGUGCUUCCGAACCUUCAAAGCGAUGGAAUGUCGAAGUUAUACUUGUUUGGUGAUAGACUUGACUUUGAAAAAGGCAAAAUAAUUUUUUCUGGGUUGCUAGAGUUUGAUCUUACUCAUCAAAGCCUUAUCACGGUCCUUCGCGAGACCCCGGAAUCGAACCAACCCCCAAAAGAAUAUCGAGCGGACGCUUUAUCCACUCGGCUAACCGAACCACUGGACACCGCUCUUCUUUUCCGAGGGAAGAGAAAGAGAAAUUUUUGUGGAACUUUCGGUCGAUUUUUCUCGUCGGCCGGGCUUAUUCCGCAGCUGGAAAAUGGCUCUUUUUACCAAAGUUGACAUGCUCUAUCCACCUGUACUAGUCGUUUUCCCAAACGCUGGGGGAAGUUCAGACCAUUCCCUCGUUAGGCAAUAUUUUUAACCCGGUUUAUAACGAACAAACAGCCGCCCAUUUUGCAUUUUCGCUUUUCGGCCGCUCUUCAAAACAUUGUACGAAUGUUUUUUUAUUCCGCAGUAGAAAGGGAAAGGAAAGAAACAAAACAUAAAACAACAUCAAUCAGAGAGAAGACAUCUACAUAAAAGGGUCCCUUUUCAGAUGCCGAUGUUGUUCAUAACACCCUGAGUGCAUUGGAAACUGAUAUUAAGAAGACCACCGAAAUAAUCAGAAGGAAACAUGAAGAACAGGUAAUUUAAUUUAGACAUUGGGUUAAAACUAAAAUUAGUACGUUAGAAUGAGCGAUAAUUAAUAGGGUUGGAGCUUCGCCGGAUAGGAGGAUAUUUUACUGAUCCAGUUUUGGUAGCGUAAAAGCAUCAAAAUCACAAAUAAAAUACAAUGCAAAACUAAUGGCACUUAUUUAUUUGCCACUGGAAGUACUUGUUCUCCAACAAAGAUCUUUUUUUCUGAAAGUUUUCACCAAAGUGCCUUGUUUGUUGCCCUGAAACGCUAAAAUUUUUUUUGAAACAAAUUUUAAUACCAAUUCCUGUCAUCUAACAUGCACAUACAUAUGUAUGUAUUUGGAAGGUCCAAACUUUCAUGAUUUUUGCAUUCUAAUCUGCAUAAUCCGUCAUUUCAUAGCUGGAAAAUAUCUUUAAAAUCCGUCAUAAUUACGGAAAUUUGGGGGAUGAUCGAAUAUUCAGAUCAAUACCAUAGUAAAAUCUGCAUAACUCAAUAGUACGUACUAUAGAAUUACGCAGAUUUUUCUCGGGAAACCCGCGAAAGUUAAAAUUCAAAAGUGAUUCAAGUUUAGACUUUUAAACAGUUGACUUAUAUUGUAGUUGAUGGAGAAAAAGACCUUCCAAAGCGAGAUGGAAGUGAAUGGGAGGAUUUCCGUGGACCCAAAUGACGACUGGCUCAAGCUGAGAUUAAAAUCUGUGAGUACGGAUGAUCUGAAGAACGAAUUGGGAAGGGUGAAGACCGAUCAAAGUGCGUUAUUAAAGUUACUUCUUUUUAGUUUACACUCAUCCAUCAUGUUAAAUUAAUUUCCAGGACAGAACGCAGUUGUGGACACAUUGGCCGCUCUUGUUUAUGAUGUAAAUGCGACCGCAGAAGUGCUUCGAAGAGGGUCCCAGAAGCCCAAAAAAGGAAAACUGACCGAGGAAAUCGAAUACAAACUCAGACUGACACCAGCACCGGAUGACGACACUCUCUACCAUCACGAAGAUCUUCCUCCAGACGACGAACCAGAAGAUGAUUACAUCUUGGAACAUAGGAAGAAAGAUUAUGGAGUUGAGGGAACUGAAUCCUUGACGUAAGUUAUAUCAUAUUUGAUUAAAGAAACGAAUUUAGAAGCAGCAUGAAGCGCAGAGCCAGAUCGACAACCCCUCGGAAGAUCAUAAAUGUGGAUGUGAGUCUAAUCCCGUCACAUUUCAAUAUUAUUUCAGGGCUUCACUCCCGUCGGACCUGCUCCCAUCUGUGCCUAUUGUAGUGAAGAGAUCGAAGGAGCCAUCUUGACGGCUCUGGCUCCGAAUGCCACUCAAGCCCAGAAGUUCCACCCCUUCCAUUUUAUGUGUUGUUACUGCCAGAAGGCAUUAAACCUCAGAGGAACAUUCCGAGAACACGAGAAACGUCCCUAUUGCCACGAAUGUUUCUACAAACUCUACAAUGGUCUGCUGUACGAACCGGAUGUGAAUCAAGCCAAAAUCGAAAAAUUGAUUUAA